GUUGUGGUGUGGAUUCGAUCAAUGUGUUUUCGUUAUACAUCAUCCAAAACUUUUUAAUGCUUUGAUUAAGCGGGUGUAAAUUAAACGAACACGUACACGCGAUGGAUGUAAUUGUUAAUCAAAUACGCAUCCAAUAGCUGUAUUGAAAUUAUAAUUGCCAAUCUUGGAAGAGAGAGAGAGAGAGAGAGAGAGAGUUGUCUAGAUAAUGAAAUGUAUAUGUAUAUAACUUACUUAAGUGAAAUAAUAUUAAUUUCUCGUUCCUUGUAAGGCCAAAGUUUAAUGGUAGUAAUUGAAAUUUUCGUUCAUUAUUGUAACCGUAAUAGAUGAGUCAUCUCGUAAUGGAAUUUGUAAUAGAGAAUCAUAUGAUCAAAUUCAUUCCAUACACUAGAAUAAUCAGUUGAAAUGAUAACAUAAUCAGCUCAAACGGCGGGUCUAACAAGGACGUUUUGACAUAAGUGCAUGCAUUAGCUUUUUCUAACCAGGAUGAUGCUUAAGUACACGAGUAGGAGUCAAGGGUGAAAAAUAGAAUAAUGACAAGGUAGUUAUGCUCAGACUCGCCGGUUUCUUGCAGUGUCUCACCCUUAUGCCAUCAACAGACUUAUGGAAAUGAAAGUAUACAUAUAAGUGCAUAUGUAUAUCUGUGAAAAUCAAGUGCGAAAACGACAAGCUACGACUUUUUUACACGCUCCCGCCCAGUCGUCUCAAAACGCUAAUCCUGACCCACUCGCAACGCGUCACGACCCCCGGUCACCUUUCAUAAAAUGGCCGCGAGAACGUAUAGUGUCUUUCUCUCUUUUCUCCCGCACAUCGGCUCUCUCUCUCUCAGCUCUCUCGCGGUUCAGUCCACCUUCGAAAAUCCAUACUUACUAUCCACCCACUCGUUAACCAUCGGCACACGCGGCGACUCAUCGUCAUCAUUGUAUCAUAUCAUCAGCUCCCUAGAUCUGCACUGGUGGAGCAUCACGACGACGACGACGACGGAGCCCGAUCGUCUUAACCAACAAAAUCCAGCCGUCAGCUGACCUAAUGUUUACGCGGAUGAACAUCUCGCUGGAGGAUUUCCCGGGCUGAGACCGCACCAGGAGAGCCUCGAGUCGUAGCUAUCGCACUGUCCAGCAUCUCGAGCAAUCAUGACCAUCGCGAUUAUGGAGAAGCUCCGCGACUGCGGCUGGUACUUAUCGGAGCAGGGCUUUGACGUGGUCAGCGACUAUGGCAGCAUUGUGGAUGUGCAGAAGAUUAUUAAACGCGCGACCGACCAUGACCUGAAGGAGAUAAGCAGUGGUGAGGGAGAGCUGACCAGUGGCGAUAUCGUUUUGCAAAUUCAGAAGGUUCGCAACAUUGCUGCUCCAAAACAUAAUGAGGAAUCUCGGGGAGCUCCUAGGAUGCUCAAGCUGUCAUUGACGGAUGGCAAGACUAGUUAUCAAGCCAUUGAAAUAGAGAAUAUUUCUUCCAUUAGUUUAAAUACACCGCCUGGUACAAAGUUAUUGAUAAGGGGAGGUACUUUACCUAUGUCGCAUGGAGUCAUUCUACUCAAACCUUUUAAUAUUGUUCAAGUUCUGGGAGGCAAAGUCACGAGUCUGGUGGAAAAGUGGGAAUUGAAUAAGAAAUUGGCUUCUCACAGUAGAGUGAGGCCUGUCGAGGAAGGUGGGCCGCCAUCAUGGAUUCCGUUUGGCAAGAAGAUAGUCAAAAUAACAGAGCAAGGAAAGAAUUUCAAGGCUCUGGCUGAGAAGGAGAAGACAACCGAGGAGAAUGCAGAAUUUGAAGCCCAGCGUAAGAAUGCCAUUGCUGAAGCUGCCAAACAGGGAAGCAAGAAAGUGUUUGGCGGUGGAAAUAAGCAGCUUCUGGAUCAUAGUGUUCAAAGGAUCGUCGAUCAAGGAUUUUCGAUAGAACAAGCCGAAUAUGCCUUGAAAGUCAAUCGCAAUAAUGUCGACCGCGCCCUCAAGUCCUUACAGAAAAAUGAUAAUAGAAAUAAUAGCAAUACGAGGGAAGCGCGCGAGCCGCGUGAGCCGAAAGGAAAGCGGGGCGACAAAAAGUCAGGCGAAGAAGUCAGUAGUAAGCCAAGUAGUGGGAAAAUAUCGCUUUUCGAUUUCCUCGAAGACAAACUGCCAGCACAGACUGAAAUUCCCGAGACAAACAAUGUGCACGUUUCGGAUUCUUACGGAAAAAACAGGCCAGACAACCACUCUGAUCGCUACCAUUCCAGAGGCAGCGAGCAUUCUCAGUUAGGAAGAGGCGGCGGUGGAAGGAAUCAAAGAGGCAAUCGCGGCUAUCAAGUUCCACCGAGACACCUGGAGGAGAAUCGAUCAAACAAGUACUCGAAUAACACUGCGGGCAGUCAACAGUACGGGAACUACGGAGGCAUGAAUUCCCAGAAAACGAAACCGCCAAGAUUCCAACGCAAUCAAGAGAAUCAAAACUUCAAUCAGAAUAUGAAUCAAAAUUAUUCGAGUUACCAGCCCCAGGAACCGAUCGGCACGUACAACAAAUUCCCGCAGGUAAACGAGUUUAGAAACUCGAUGCCGAGCGCCUUUUCUCAGCCGAGACAGGAUUCUGCGACGCCCCGAGACAAUUCUGCUAAUGCCUUCAAGCCGAAUCAUCAAGAUUUUCAGAUUAAGAAUCAGCAAGAGUACCAGACUAAAGUGGUGAGCAAUAGUCGAGGUCAGAACUAUGAAUCGAACCUCCGACAAGGGCGUGUCCAGGAAACGGACCCUCAGUUGUACCAAUCUAACACUGUAGACAGAGGUUAUAAAGGCAGCCAGUCGAAUCGUUAUUACGACGACAUUCCAGAUUAUCAAGGAAUUGCUAGCUCGAAUACUCAGAAAAGUAAUAGCUUCUAUAACAUUAAUAGUAAAAGCGAUGACUCCCUGGGCGGAACUUGGGUUUGGCGAGUGGGAGAUAGAUGCAUGGCAAAGUAUUGGGAGGACAAUAUGUAUUAUAACGCUGAGGUGACUGCGGUUUCAAAGACGACUUGUGUUGUACAAUUCAAAGAAUUUCACAACUACGAGGAAGUUCUCCAAAUAGACUGCAUACCUAUUACCGAGGACGAUCCGCGAACUCAGAAUCUCGGACAAGAGAACAAUCGGCGAACGGAUCAUCGCUCGAGUAAUCGACCUCCUCGAUUCGAACAAAACCAAAACAAUUCGAAUGCCUCAGAGUAUCGACGAGGAGGCGGUUCCGGGGGUAGUGGCAAGAACUACAGAAAACGCGGCCAGCAGCGCAGCGCUCAGCCGAUUUACCAGCCGCCGGCUCAGCGCGGCGGCGCCACCUUCCUGCCCCAGAAUACAUAGGACACGGCCCACGACUCGUCGAUAUGAUAGUACAGUCUCUUCCCUACUGAAGCCAGUCGUUCUUUUUUUUAAAUAAUCGUUCAAAUACCUCCGGAGGACUGCGUCCCAGUUCGCGAGGCAAGCAAAGUAUUAAAAGAAGACAGGGACGAACUUUCCUUCUCUAGGCUGCUAUUCAAUGAUUCGGAGAGUUGUAAUGUGCGUUUGGCUUUUCAUUUGUGUUUUUCAAUGAUAACGAUGCUGCACCGCCAUGACUCUAAACACGAUUAACACGAGAGAGAAAAGCGUAACGAUUCUCAACUGGAGUUUCUUUUUUGGAUCAAUAAUCUUUUUCAUACUAACAAACGAGGAGGUAUAUUCGUGGGUCACGAUAAUUGAAUAUCACAGAUGUAUAACGCAAACUUGUUACUGUCUUCUUUUAAGUAGAAAGUAAUAAUGUAAUUUUCGACAAACUAUAAUUAGGUUACUCGUACAAGAUUUUCUUAGCCGCCAUAGCUAAAGGAAGAAUGCAUAGCGUAUAAGCAGUGAUGUAUUGAAUGCAAUCAUGAUUAUUGUAACAUAAACAGUGGUACUCGGCGGUCAUACAUAAGAUAGUUAAAAAGGCAAUUGUUUGCGUUUACUACGUAUGAUAGUUGCAUCUUGCCAAAAGCAAACGAGCGGGCAAAAAACGUACGCAUUGUCUCUACGUAUGUACCUAUUGCUGUUUAUAAGACAGCGAUAGACUUUGUAAUAUUUAUUAAUGCGUUUCCACGAUAUAGCUGUAUGUUUUGCAUUAAACUAGCAAAGUGAAAUUAAAAA